CUCUUGUUCCCUCUAAAACUCCAUUGUUACUAGGCAGGAGUGUGCGUGGGGAAGAACAAUUUCGAGGCAGCAAAAUGGGAACAUCGGUGCAGGUAACGCCACUGUGUGGAGUGUACAAUGAGAACCCUCUCUCGUAUUUGGUUUCCAUUGAUGGCUUCAACUUCCUCGUCGACUGUGGCUGGAACGACCACUUCGACCCUUCCCUCCUUCAACCCCUCGCCAGGGUAGCAUCAACCAUAGAUGCUGUUUUGCUUUCACAUGCGGAUACACUUCAUCUUGGUGCCCUUCCAUAUGCCAUGAAGCAGCUUGGACUCUCUGCCCCGGUUUAUUCAACGGAGCCUGUCUACAGAUUGGGCCUUCUCACUAUGUAUGACCAGUACCUCUCAAGAAAGCAAGUGUCGGAGUUCGAUCUGUUCACGCUGGAUGAUAUUGAUUCUUCUUUCCAGAGUGUAACGAGGCUAACAUAUUCUCAGAAUCAUCAUUUCUCAGGCAAGGGAGAAGGAAUCGUGAUUGCACCUCAUGUUGCUGGACAUCUUUUGGGAGGUACUAUUUGGAAAAUUACAAAGGAUGGCGAGGAUGUCAUAUAUGCUGUUGAUUUUAAUCAUAGGAAAGAAAGGCAUUUGAAUGGAACUGUUCUAGGUUCUUUUGUGCGUCCAGCUGUUCUAAUAACUGAUGCUUACAAUGCUUUGAACAAUCAGCCUUACAGACGUCAAAAUGACAAAGAAUUUGGAGAUAUCUUAAAGAAGACUCUAAGGGAAGGUGGCAAUGUAUUAUUACCUGUUGACACUGUUGGACGAGUGUUGGAACUUAUUCUGAUGUUGGAAUCGUAUUGGACUGAUGAAAACUUGAACUAUCCUAUAUACUUUCUUACAUAUGUUGCAUCCAGCACAAUUGAUUAUGUGAAGAGUUUCCUUGAGUGGAUGAGUGAUACCAUAGCAAAGUCUUUCGAAAAAACUCGUGAAAAUAUAUUUCUUUUGAAGUAUGUCACCCUUCUUAUUAACAAGACUGAGCUUGACAAUGCUCCAGAUGGUCCAAAGGUUGUUCUAGCAUCUAUGGCAAGUUUGGAAGCAGGCUUUUCUCAUGAGAUAUUUGUUGAGUGGGCCAAUGAUGUAAAAAAUCUUGUCCUUUUUACUGAAAGAGGCCAGUUUGCCACACUAGCUCGUAUGCUUCAAGCUGAUCCACCUCCAAAAGCUGUCAAAGUCGUUGUGUCCAAGCGUGUUGCUUUGGUUGGUGAAGAGCUAAUAGCCUAUGAAGAAGAGCAAAAUCGAAUAAAAAAAGAAGCUUUAAAAGCUAGUCUUAUGAAGGAGGAAGAAUUUAAAACAUCUCAUGGGGCUGAUAAUAAUACUAGUGAUUCAAUGGUCAUUGAUUCUGGCAAUAAUCAUGUACCACCUGAAGUGUCUGGUCCCAGAGGCGGAGGAUACCGGGACAUAUUUAUUGAUGGAUUUGUUCCCCCUUUGACAAGUGUUGCUCCAAUGUUUCCCUGUUAUGAGAAUACAUCAGAGUGGGAUGAUUUUGGAGAGGUCAUAAAUCCAGAUGAUUAUGUAAUUAAGGAUGAAGACAUGGACCAGACAGCAAUGCAUGGAGGUGAUAUAAAUGGAAAACUAGAUGAAGGUGCUGCAAGUUUGAUACUCGAUACAAAGCCAUCAAAAGUUGUAUCUGACGAAAGGACUGUGCAAGUCAGGUGCUCAUUGGUUUACAUGGAUUUUGAAGGACGUUCAGAUGGAAGAUCCAUUAAAAAUAUUCUAUCUCAUGUGGCUCCCUUGAAGCUGGUUUUGGUGCAUGGAUCAGCUGAAGCUACAGAGCAUCUGAAGCAGCACUGCCUGAAGCAUGUUUGUCCACAUGUUUAUGCUCCCCAAUUGGAAGAGACAAUUGAUGUCACCUCUGAUUUAUGUGCUUACAAGGUUCUACUGUCCGAGAAGCUCAUGAGUAAUGUACUCUUCAAAAAGCUAGGAGAUUAUGAAUUAGCUUGGGUUGAUGCUGUAGUAGGGAAGACAGAAAAUGACCCGCUUUCGCUGCUCCCUGUUUCUGGAGCCGCUCCUCCGCAUAAAUCUGUUCUUGUUGGUGAUUUGAAAUUGGCGGAUAUCAAACAGUUUCUCUCCAGCAAGGGUGUUCAGGUGGAAUUUGCUGGUGGGGCUUUGCGUUGUGGUGAAUAUGUAACUCUACGGAAAGUUGGGGAUGCAAGUCAGAAGGGUGGUGGUUCUGGUGCUCAACAAAUAGUUAUUGAGGGUCCUCUGUGUGAAGAUUACUAUAAAAUUCGUGACUAUCUGUAUUCGCAGUUUUAUUUGCUUUAGAUUUGGUUGGACAGUGCAAUGGCUAAACAUGAACUUCUUUCCUUCUCUGCACUGUUUUGUGUGACACAUCACACUCUGGACCUGGUUUUCUUAUAAGGUAGAGAAUGCAAAAUUGCCUUGGUAAAUACAUGCUUAUAAGGAUUCAAGACUAAAUAGUUCCGAGUAGCAGUGCUGGGACAGUUGCAAAAUGGGUUAAUUUGGGUUGCCAUUUGAACAAGAUUCACAGGGGCUCUCACUUCGAUGUUUUCAAUGAAGAAUCGUGUUGCAUCAUUUUUGUGGAGUCUUUGUGCCUCUAAUUUAUAUCAACCACCAUAGCUUUUGGUGGAUGUGAACUUGAAGUGUGUUUAAUCUUUGUAGAAUUAUAGAAAAGGAAAUGUAAUUUGUUCUUGUGUAGGCUUCAGAUUUUGAAAGGGUAUUCAUGUGUGUCUGUUGUCAUCUAUCUCCACAUGCAGUUUCCACACUAAAGGUGAAAUUAGACUGACAUAAAAUGAAUCUCUGUAGGGAUUAUCCUUUUUAAUUUGGCUAAUAUAAUUGAACAGAACAAUCUAGUUUAAUCAAAACUGUUAUAUUAUUUUUAAUGUCUC